AGAGAGGAGCAGGAUCAUUAGAGAGGAAUCCCAGGCAUAUGGCUGGCUGUAGCCGCUCCCCUCCCCCUCCUGCCUCCUCCUGCCUCGCUCCGCAGCAGCAGCAGGAGGACAGAGGUAGUUCAGUUUUUGAAGCCGUGGCAUGAAUGAUCUCAUCUGAACCUGAUCUCCGCUCUCCCUGCCGUCGAUCCUAUGACCGAGACGGGAAUAAAAUAACACGAACACUGAGGAGUCUUGCCUCAGACUGGCCUAAAAUGGGCAGAAAUGGUGCUGAACAAAAGCUGCUUGUCGCUCGUACAAAAGUACUUGAAGCGUUGCAGCCGGGACCAAGCUGCAUUGCUAUUGCCUGUGCCUCUCAACAGGAAAGAGAGACAACAUGUUCCCGAAGGGCACCAAGCGCAAGUUCUCAGACUCCGGGGAGGAGCCGGUCUCCGCUGGCGACCAGGUCCCGCCGGCAGCUCCAUCUGUGGCGGCUCGGACGCUGACGUCCUCUUACAGCCUGCAGCGGCAGUCGCUGCUUGACAUGUCGCUGAUCAAGCUGCAGCUCUGCCACAUGCUGGUGGAGCCGAACCUGUGCCGCUCGGUGCUCAUCGCGAACACGGUGCGGCAAAUCCAGGAGGAGAUGACCCAGGACGGCACCUGGCAGAUCAUGACCCAGGCCCUGGCGGCCGCACAGUGUCCCGCCGACCGCCUGGUGGCCACCGAGGUGCUGUGCCGGCAGACGGACGCGGCGGCUCAGGCCGGACAGAGCCCGAAGCCUUUCUCGGUGGUAGGUCUGGAGGAGGGCUACCACGCCGAGGAGGUGGUGAUGGAGGGAGACGUGGAGACGGAGGUCACCAUGUCCACUUUGUCGCCCGUCUCCCCCCAGCUGUCCUCUGCUUCCUACCUGGCAGGCCCCUUUGGCAUGGGACCCUGCUGGGAGGAGGAAGAGGAGGACGGCGAGUGCGAGGAGGACGAAGAGGAGGACAGCGAGGAGUGUGUGUCGGAGGGAGAGGAGGCAGAUCGGGACCACCUGAGCGCAGACUCCAGGACAGGGGAGCAGGUUUUUGGGACUUUUGAGAUCAAGCACCCGGCGCCGCCCCCUGACCCUGCGCUCGAGGAACUGUUUUCAGACGUGGACCCGUCCUACUAUGACCUCGACACGGUGCUGACAGGCAUGCAGAGCGCCCCGAAGAUGGGGCCGUACGAUCUGCUGGAGAGCCUCUCCUCUCACGGGCCGACCACCCUGAGCUCCAGUUCGAGCUGCAGGUCAGACCUGAACGAACUGGACCACAUCAUGGAGAUCAUAGUGGGAUCCUGAAACUCCGAACAUUCCUUUGGCCUGUACUGAUCCCUCAGACUCUUUCCAGACUAUGCACAGUACACAUGUGCAUGUUCUGUAUGUGGUAUUGUUACACGUGGAGAUUGUUGGGAGGUUUUGGGACAAGGUGGGAAAUUAACAGCGAGCCGGGUAGAUUUUUGGGAUCGGCUGUUUGGGGCGUAGUUAGUCUGCUCUAACGGCCGCUUAGGCGAGUCGGCAGCUGCUGUUGGGACCUUCAUCUUUUAUUCAGAAACAUGUGAUUGGCAACACGUAGCAAAGGGGAUCAAAUUCAUGAAUUUUGGGAUUCACGUGGACGACGCAGUUAGUUUCCUACUUUGUCGAUGAAAUCCAAAACACGCCAAUAUCUGUGAGAGGGCAAAGAUAAUUACCUAUACCAUGAUGCAUUCUUAUUUACGUACUUUCCAUGUUUACGUCUGUCAUACAUUCUGUCAUACUAGCUCCUUCCGGUCGUACUCUGCCAUUUUGUCCAUUUCUAUUUAUUGUUACAUGGACUGAGGAACAAUUCAUCACACUACAUGCAGAAAACCAGAACAAAUUGUAAAUCCAAAUCUAUGAAUCAAUGCAUAUUUUCCUAAAGAUUUGAGCAAUUAUGAAUGGAAUAUAUGUAUAUGUACGUAUGUGUAUAUAGAAAUAUAUUUUUUGCAUUAUACAGCUGGGGGAUUUUGCAAGUAUCAUUUGAUAUUAUUAUUAUUUUUCCCUCCCAAGCGGUUUUUAAGAUUUUAAUGUAGCCAGUCUUCCCAUGGUUUGGUAUAACGAGUGGACUGUAACCGGUGCACGUCGGGCACCGUCACACUUUCUAGGCGCUGUUCUUUCAUUUUCUCAAAGCUUUACGCAGGACGUGGAAAUGACCGCCGCUCGCCCGCCUGCCCCGCCGCACAGGUCGGUGAGGCGGCGGCUGUGGCGGCGGCGCUGGUUCAGAUUUGACUGUUACUGGUAAGUUAACAGGUUCCCGUCCUGAUUUACAUACAAAUCUAAUAACAAUAAUAAUAACUGCUUUUUUCCUGAAGCAUUUGGAGAAACCACGGGGUGAUAACUGCAUCAAGAAGCCAUAUUUCUUUCUCUCAUUUGUUAGAACUGCAAAUGAAGAAUUCUGUGUGUUAACCCAAUCUAAUUUAUUGUUGUUUUAUUUAUUGUAUUUAUUAUAUCUAGGUACAGACAUGCCACAUUGACUUCAAAUCAACCACGAGGCCCGAUGAAAUUAUAUUUAUCCAAAUUUCUCCCUCCGUUUUGAAUGCAGUACCUAUUUAUUCCUCACCUUUUUUAUUAUUAGUAAUAAUAAUAACCGGGUUACUAUUCAAAUCACUAUGCAGCUCUGUCAUACGUGUUUCAAAAUGAUUGUAUACGACUCAAAUGUCCUUUAAUUCCUUUUAUGCAAACAGUUGCCUUUUCUCCUAAAGAUGUGGAAAAUCAAACGCAUUUCUUUCAAAAUUGUUCCUUAUCACGAUGAAGAGAUUUUAAACUCAGGCAAACGAAAUGUAUUGACAAGAAUACAGUAUUACGACACGCUUAAUACCUUACCACAACACUCCUGAAGGAUGUCACUUCUGGUCUGAAUGGGAGCUAGAACUUCAAAGACUAAUUACCGUUGUAAAAUGUAUGCAUUUUUUUAUA